CUUAUAUUUUAUCUAGACUGCAAAAGUGAUUUGAGUUUUAUUUAAAAUUGUUAGUAUAUUUUUAUUAAGAAGGUGUAUAAAUAAUUGAGAAAUAGGUAUCAUUUUGCUUCAAAGAUUCCAUCAAAGAAUAAAUAUGGCAACUUUAAAAUUAUAUCGAAGUAAAAAUAUUGUGUUACCUGAUAGUGUUCAGGAAGCUGGAAUUGUCGUUGAUCAGGAUGGCAAAAUUUCUAAAAUAUUCACAAAAACAGAUUUAGAUACAAUGGAUCUGAAUUCAUUUGAGAUAAUCGAUUUUGGAGAUCUGGUAUUAAUGCCAGGAGUUGUGGACACACAUGUCCAUGUAAAUGAACCGGGGAAAACCGAAUGGGAAGGAUUUACUACAGCAACACGAGCUGCAGCAAAAGGAGGUGUUACAACAAUCAUUGAUAUGCCAUUGAAUUCAAUUCCAUACACUACAUCAGUAGAAAAUUUAAAUAUUAAAUUAAAGGCUGCUGAGGGUAAAAAUUACGUUGAUGUUGGAUUCUGGGGUGGUGUUGUGCCAGGAAAUCAAAAUGAGCUAGCCAAAUUAGUGGAAGCUGGUGUUGUUGGUUUUAAAUGUUUUUUAAUUCCAAGUCAAGAUGAUUUUCAAUAUGUGAAGAAACCGGAUGUUGAAUUAGCAUUACAAGCUUUAGAAGGGAAAAAUUCCUUGUUAGCUUUCCAUGCAGAGUUAAAUCUAAAAAAUUCUACACCCAUUGAUGGUGAUCCUACAAAUUAUGAAACAUUUUUAAAAACUCGUCCACCUGAAAUGGAACUUGAAGCUAUUAAAAUGAUCACCGAAUUAUGUGGAAAAUACAAAGUUCGUUGUCAUAUUGUACAUUUAUCAACAGCUGAAGCAUUGCCUAUUAUACGUGAUUUUAAGGCAAAAAAUAAGAAUCUUACUGUCGAAACAUGUCACCAUUAUUUAACAUUUAGUUCCGAAAAAAUUCCACAGGGUAAAACGCAAUAUAAGUGCUGUCCUCCGAUUAGGGAUCAUGAAAAUCGGGAUCUUUUGUGGGCAGCUUUACAAAACCACGUUAUCGAUUCAGUUGUAUCUGACCACUCCCCAUGUACCGAAGAUUUAAUAUUUACUAACGGAAAUAAUGAGCCAUCAGAUUUUUUGAAAGCUUGGGGUGGAAUUGCAUCGGUACAAUUUGGAUUAUCAUUAUUUUGGACUGAGGCACGUAAGCGUGGUUUUAGUUUGUUAGAUGUUUCACAUUUCUUAUGUAAAGGCCCAGCGAAGAUAGUUGGUUUAGAAAGUAAAAAAGGUCAAUUAAAGGAAGGUUUAGAUGCAGAUUUUGUGGUAUGGAAUCCAAAUGAAACAUUUAUUGUCAAGAAAUCUGAUGUUGAGCAUAAAAAUAAGGUAACGCCAUAUUUAAAUAUGAAAUUUUAUGGAAAAGUUUAUCAAACAUUUGUUCGAGGUCUGAAAGUGUACGAUAAAAAUGAAGGAUUUUCUGAAAAACCUUUUGGUAAAUUAAAUAUUAAGAAAGUUGAUCACUGA